UGAAACUCAUAUGAAAAGUACAACAGACUUCAAUUUGCUGACCUGAUGGCAAAAAAGUUCAAAACUGAUACAGGACUUGGAAAACUGGUAGAAAUAUUCAAAGAGAUACAAGAGCUAGAAGACCGUGCUGCACUUCUCAGAAAAGAGAUGUCAAAAGUUCAAAGGAAAUGCAGAGAAAGAGCCAAAACCACAGGCAACAAAAGUCAGCAGGAUGAAGCCAGCAGUGUUCAAUGUGCACUCAGCACAGAUGAAGAUUCACAACCAGAAUCCAAGAUGGAUGUGCCCAUGAUGAAGGUCACCAAAGCCAAGAAAAACAAGAUGUAACUACAUAAUUCUUAUUCAAAUGUGGAGCCAUUACUGGAGUCCUAAAAACAUGGAUAUCUCUGAUAAUGAUAUUGAUGGAGAUAAGAUGCAAAUUUAAGAAGAAAAUGCAUAAGAUACAAGUUUAGAAAGAAAAUAUAUAUGUAUAACCUAACUGUGAUUUUCAUAGUAGUACAUGCCUAAAGUCCCAGAACUUUGAGAGGCUAAACAGAAGGUUCAAAAUUUUAAGCCCAUGCUAGGCAAUUUAGAGAUGGAGCAAAAUCCUGUCUCAAAAUAAUACUUUUUAAUGCUUCAUUGCAAAGACUUUGGAUCAAUGACCCGUACUACAACCAAAGCAUAUAAACAAAUAGUAAACAACAAAAUCUAUGGACAGCAACAAUAGAAGAGAUAAGAAAAACAAGCAAAAAAAUCUGUAAAAAUAGAUUUUUAAAAGUGCUUAAGGUAAAGAAUUUCUUCAUUGGGUCUGAAAAACUAAAGCUAAGAAAAAGGACAAAAUGGGGAAAAGAUACUUAGGUAUAUACUCAGGAUAUUUUGGAUAAUUAUACUGCCAAUUUGUACUGGUAUUUUGAAAAAAUAAAUU